AUGUCUGCAUCAAGCAAAUUUGAUCUCUCUUCCGGUAGCCCUGAUAGGCCGUUAUAUGCGUCUGGAAAUCGUGGAUCCUAUGGUACCCCUUCACUGGACAGAUCAGGUAGCUUCCGUGAAAACAUGGAGAAUCCUCUUUUGUCGAGUCUCCCUAACAUGACGAGGACUAGUUCUUCUGUAACUCAAGGGGAUGUGGUCAACUUCUUUCAAUGUGUGCGUAUCGAUCCAAAGUCUAUGGUGGUAGAUCAUAAGUUGAAUCGGCCAGCAGAAUUCAAGCGACUAGCAAGUGCUGCAGUUGGUAUUCCACUGGAAGAUUCUCGACCUGCGUCUUCAAAAGGAAAACAGCUGUCCACCCCCUCACUAGAGGAUCUCAGACGACUCAAAUCUGGUGUGCGGGAAAGUGGUACCAAAGCUAGGGAACGUGUGAAGAUAUUCAAUGACUGUUUAUCGGUAAUUAACAAGUGUUUCCCGGCUAUUCCAUCGAAGAAGAGAUCCCGACUUGAUGCCUUGUCUAAUGAUCGAUCCAACACCUUGUUGUCAAUUGAUCGGUCUGCAUCUGGAAUGAAUGUUGGGAAAAUGGCCUCUCAGAAUCAUUUAAGUACAAGUGGUUUUGAGGUGGAGCUACAGAAACCUGAAGAAAGGGCCAAAGGUGCUAUUCCAAGCAAGCGGACUAGAACUUCUCUGGUCGAUGCAAGGAUGGACGCACGUGCAAAUAACCCUUCAAGGCCAUCUGGAAGUGUGGAUAAAGACAGGGAUAUAGUGGGAUUCUCUAAUGGUAGUGCAGCUCAGAGUGACGAUCGAUCUUUAUCAGUGGCCAUUGAUGGUUGGGAAAAUUCAAAAAUGAAGAAAAAGCGAACUGGUAUAAAACUAGAUUUGGCUAGUAGUUCGAUGGUGGCAAAAGCAGUUGAUGGUUACAGAGAACCUAAACAAGGAAUGCAUUUGCGGCUUACCACUGAACCCCGUUCAAGGUCGAUUGAUGCCCACGGCUUCAGAUCUGGUACUAAUAGUGGAGGUCAGGGAAUAGGAAAAGCGGAAGCCACCCUUCAAACUAGCUCAGGCAUGCGAACAUUGAGGACUGACUUUGAUAACACAUCCGUUCCUCAUGAGAGGAGGGAGCGUCCAAUUGGUCAAGAUAAAGAAAGAGUUAACCUGAAAGCUGUGAACAAGGCGAAUUCUCGGGAAGAUUUAAGCUCAGGCAGCCCUACUUCAGGCUCAAAGUUGAAUGCAAAUGUUCGCGCCCCUCGCUCAGGCCCCGUUGGUGGUGCGUCCAAGUUGUCCCAUGUGGUGCAGCGGUCUACAUCAUCUAAUGAUUGGGAAUUUUCUAAUUGCAUAAACAAAACUUCUGGUGGCGUUGGGACAAACAGUCGCAAACGGACACCUUCUGCACGGGCUUCUUCUCCUGUUGUCAGCUGGGCUCAAAGGCCGCAAAAGAGUUCUCGAACUGCAAGGAGAACUAAUUUGUUGUCCAUUGUUCCUAGCAAUGAUGAGAAUCCUGUUCUAGAUGCCACAUCCGACAAGAUGGCUGAAAGGCGCUUUCCUGCCAGUUCUCCUCAGCGAGUCAAAAUAAAGAGCGAUAAUUUCUCUCCAGCUGCAUUAUCCGAGAGUGAGGAAUCAGGUGCUGCUGAAAUCAAGUCUAGAGACAAGAAUAAUAAUUGUGAUGAGACAGAUGAAAAAAGUGGGCAGAAUGUCCAGAAGAUGUCAACACUGCUGCUACCCCCAAGAAAAAAUAAGGCAGUCAAUGGAGAUGACCAUGGAGAUGGUAUCAGGAAGCAAGGCAGAAACGGUCGAGGAUAUACUUCCUCUAGGUCCCUUUUACCUUCAACAGUCGAAAAGCAUGGGGAUGAGGGAACAACUAAACAAAUUAGAAGUUCUAGACUAGCUCUUGACAAGAGUGAAAGCAGAGUGGGUCGGCCACCUGUAAGAAAACUCUCUGAUAGGAAGCCUUAUACACGACAAAAGCAUGUCACUGUCAAUGCUGGACCAGAUUUUCUUGUUGGUUCUGAUGAUGGUCUUGAAGAGCUCUUGGCUGCCGCAAAUGCUGUUACAGACACUGCUCAAGCCCUCUCUAGCCCGUUUUGGAAGAUGAUGGAGCCUGUAUUUCGUGUCAUAUCUGAUGCGGACUUAACCUUUUUGAAAGACCAGGUUAAUCCUGGUUUAGCUGUGGAUACACCAGCUCCUGCCCCUCAUGAUGCCGGUAGUUGCACUUUACUACCUAAUGGGUGUGGAUCAAAUGGAUUUGCGCAAGAGGAAACUGAAGCAAGAAGUGUGGAACUUAGCCCAGAACAUCUAGCAUUAGAAGCAAAAUCGCCAAAUGAGAUCUCCCUGUAUCAGAGGCUAAUUGCAGCUUUGAUUCCUGAAGAAGGAAAUGAGGUCCCUGGUGAUAAAGAUACCUUAAGAUAUGAUGUUUAUGUAUCUCAUUUUGAAAUGGAAAAGGAUAUAGAAUCUGAUACAUUAUGCUCACAGAUCUCACUGAGCCCUUCGGGAUAUCCUAUGUCAAAUGGUUAUGAUGAAAAUUAUAAUGGGAGAUCACUCUAUGAGCUGGAGCACAGUACUGUCUCCACGCCAGACACAAGGGUUCAAAGCUAUGAUCAUUUACAAACUGGUUUACAUACAGACCAGUCGAUACCUGGCCCAAUAUGUUCGGACUAUCAAUAUUAUAAUUUGCCAAUAAAUGAAAGACUUCUCUUAGAGAUUCACAACAUAGGAAUCUACCCAGAUCUAGUGAGUGGCGAUGAGGAAAUAAGUGAAGAUAUCAAUAGUUUGGACGAGAAGUAUCAGGAACAGGUUUCAAGGAAGAAAAGCUUCAUUAGCAAACUUUUGAGUUCUGUUUCCGAAGCUAAAGAGCUGCAGGAAAAGGACUUUGAAGGGCAUGCUCUUGAUAAGCUCGUUGGAAUUGCCUACGAAAAAUACAUGAGUUGCUCGGUUCCUAACACUCAGGGGACGAAGAGUAACAGCAUUAAAAUUGCCAAGCAACAAGCUGCCUUAGUUUUUGUUAAACAAACAUUGGAACGGUACCAGGAAUUUCUGGUUACAAGAAAAAGUUGCUUUGAUGAUCCUAUGUACAGGGACAUAUUCCUCGCUGGGGUCUCGCGUCUUGUUGAUGGACAGCCUCUGAAUUCCAGCACAGACAACGAGUCUAACAAACUCAAUUUUGGCAUCUCUGGCUGCUCUAUGGAAGUUAGGACUUCAGCUCCUCUGGGCACACAGCAGAGCCCCAUGUCAAACAAUCAGGAUACAUAUUCAUUUGAAGCCUUUCCAUCAGCAAACAUGGGCUCUGAACAAAUUACUGGUAUUGAAGAUGGCUGGUCAAAUAAAGUGAAAAGAAGGGAGUUGUUGCUUGAUGAUGUUGGUGGAACGAGCAGCAGAGCCCCGGGUCUUCCGCACGGGCUUGGUGGUUCCCUUUCAUGCAGUGCAAAGGGUAAAAGAAGCGAGAGGGACAGAGAAGGAAAGGGUAACAGUUUAGGCAGAAGCGGAACUGGUAAAAUUGGCCGCCCGGCAAACUCUGCUAAAGGAGAGAGAAAGUCCAAGGCGAAACCUAAGCAGAAAACAACUCAUUUGUCUGCUUCUGUCAAUGGUCCUUUAGGGAAAAUGGCUGACCAGCCAAAAAGAGUGUUCUCACCAUCCCUCAACUCAAAUGAGGUUGGCGGAAGUGAAAAUACCAACAGUAAUGACUAUAACUCGGAGAUGUUGGAAGAGCCCAUUGAUUUAUCGGGCUUGCAACUCCCUGAGAUGGAUGAUUUAGGCGUUCCUGAUGAUCUUGGUGGUCAAGGAGAGGAUAUAGGGUCUUGGUUGAAUAUCGAGGAUGAUGGAUUGCAUGAUCAUGAUUUUAUGGGUGGCCUUGGAAUCCCAAUGGAUGACCUGUCAGACUUAAAUAUGAUGGUUUGA